GUAGAAAAGUAAGCGAUUCUACCUAAGGGCAGGCUUUUGAUUAGUCGCGGGGGCCGGGCCGCUAGCCUCCUCCCAGGGUAAUCCCAGGGGGUAUAUCUCAUAGUUGCCAACUCAGUCCCUCAAUCUCACCAUCUACUUCGAAGAUGCCAGUCAAACAGGUUUCUGGGCGAGUUACUUUGACUCAUGCAAAGGGUUCCUCUGCGGAACUACUUCUGUACGGUGCGACAGUCAUUUCAUGGAAGGCUGGAACCAUCACCGAACCUCAGCCAAUUGAGCGGCUAUUUGUUUCAUCCAAAUCCGCUAUUGAUGGCUCAAAGCCCGUGCGGGGAGGUAUCCCAGUUAUAUUUCCUUGCUUCGGACCUCCCAGCCACCCAGAGCACAUGAAACUUGCCCAGCAUGGUUUUGCCAGAAAUGAGGUGUGGAAAUUCGAUAGCAUUGUAAUGGACAACGACGAGGGGGUAUCCGUGAGACUCACGCUUGAGCCAACUGCGGGUAUCACAGCAAAAUACGAUAAACCAUUCCAUCUGGCUUAUAUCGUUACCCUGGCUGAGCAUCAGAUUAGUACUGAUCUGCACGUCACGAAUACGUCGACCUCCGCGGCUUACCCACCAGACAAUCUCGAAUUCCAGGCUUUGUUCCACAACUAUAUCAAGGCCCCUGCAAAUGACGUCCUUGUUUUCCCAUUGCAAAGCAAAAGUUAUUUUGACAAAACAGAGGCAUCUGAAGAAGCCAGAAACAAACCGAAAGUCGAGACUAGAGCAGGAGUUGACGUUCGUCAGUUCACUGACUCUGUGUACGAAGAUGCAGGGGGCAAAUAUGAAGUCACGUGGCCAGGAGGUGGUGUAGAGAUUACGGUUCGGGAGCUAAAGGACGUUGUUGUCUGGAACCCUCAGCAGGUUGCAGGUGUGAAAAUGGGAGACAUGGAAGAUGGGGGAUGGGAAAGGUAUGUAUGUGUCGAGCCGGGUUAUGUGAGGGGAUUUGCGAAGAUAGAGCCAGGCAAGACGUGGAUUGGGCAGCAAGUUAUAUCUGUCAUUCACCAUGAAAGGAGGAUCAAUCAGUUGUGAUUAGUCGUUAUGAAUCGCGCACUUAUUCAAUACCAUUAGACCAGUGAAAGAGAGAGAUUAUUAGUAGAUUUUGUAGGUGUGCAGCUCAAGUGCAGCUGCAGGAACUUGAACAUUGCUUGAACAUGUGACUUAACCUAUGUUUUUGGCAUGUGACAAGCGCGUCCACGUCUAACUCGAGCCGCCAGUAGGGCCCCUCACUGAUACUUGCGUUCAGUGCAUGCGUUGAGCGACAUUUCUUCCACGCUGUUCAUACUGUACAACAAUUAGUUUUUAUGGAGCAGGAGGCUACACUCCGAGUACUCAUCAACCAAAUUGACUACACUGUGGCCUCCCCUGGCCCUCUCGACAACACAUCUCUCCCUCGAGUGCCUGUGAUCCGUAUUUAUGGCGCAUCGUCCACAGGAACGAAAGCAUGUGUACAUGUGCAUCAAGUGUACCCUUAUUUUUUUGUUGAGUAUGA